AUGGCUGCUCGCUCCAGCUCCCGCCUCCUCGCGCUCGCCGGUAGGGCGGUGUCCGCAAGGCUCGCCCCUGCUGCGCCCGCAUCCGCGCUACUCGCGGGGAAUGUCGCCCGCGGAUUCGCUACUGCAGCUCCUGCUGAAGAGGAUGUGGUGAAGGCGGCGUUCAUCAAGCAGCAGGCGUCAUUCCGGUCGUAUCUGGAAGGUCUCAAGAAAGUUCCCAUCCCCAUGGACGCUGCUGACGACAAGGCCACCAAGGCGUACGCUGCUGCUGUUAAGAACAUCCGCGAGAGCCUGGGCAUCCCGUCCUUCUCCGAGAAGCUCUCCAACCUGCUCGAGUCAGCAGAGGAGGACUCGCGGGACGUGCGCAGCUUCCUGGAAGAAUCUCGCAUAAUCCGCAGGCAGCUGGGAGUGGAGGACAAGCUGGGAGCGGAGAAGCUCAUGUUUGCAGUGCUGGACAGCGUUGAGAAGAAGCUGGGGAAGGCACUGGUGGGCGAUGAUGUGAAGGGCAUGGCGAUGUUUCAGGAGGAGGUGAACGCCAUCAACAAGAAGCUGGGGUUGAAGGACGGCGAUUUAGAGCCGUUGGAGCAGCAGCUGGAGACCAGCAUGGCCAAGACUGACAUUGCUGCCUUUGCCAGCGAGGCAACGCAGAAGAUUGGCACGUACCAGAAGAGGGACGGCUUGGAGGAUAUCCAGGUGGACCUCAAGACCCUGGAUCCCAAGGCUUACAUCGCAACCGCAGACCCUGAAGGACCAGCUGCAGAUCUGCCGGCAGUACAACAACCAGAGCGGCUGCACAGACGAGCGCAACAUUUCCCGCAACCGCAGACGCCCAAGGACCAGCUGCAGAUCUGCCGGCAGUACAACAACGAGAGCUGCUGCACGAACGAUCGGAACGUGAAGAUCGCGCAGAAUCUGCUCAAGUACAGCAACGCCAUGGGCAACAUCCCCGGCGCCAAGAACUGCCUCCGCGCGCUGGAACUCGUGCUGUGCGCCGUGAGUGCUGUUUUCCGUGCCGUGAGUGCUGCUGUGUGUGGAAUGCAAGCAGUGCUGUGCGCCGUGCUCCGUAUGUGCAUUGGAAAGGAGUGCGACCCCUACGCCUCGCAGGUGAGUGCAACCCCUACGCCUCGCAGAUUCAAUGCCGUGACCACACAGGCUGCUACGCCAAGAUCCCCUACCCUACCUCCUCACAGCCCAGUGCAACCUCCGUCUUACUUUCCUCCCUUAUUCAACCCUCCCAUGAUCCUAUUCAACCCCCACCAGGAGUGCGACCCCUACGCGUCGCAGGUGUACCGUCGCGACCACACGGGGCGCUACGCCGACGUGCCGUAUCUCUGCACGGCCCAGUCCAACCGCGACCCUGUUGAGACGCAGCCCUUCUGCUCCACUGUCUGGGACGUCUGCGGCAUGGUCGCCAUCCCUUACAACCCUUUUGUUGCCACCAAUGACCCACGCUUCAUCUCGCUUUACGACGUUUACUUAACUAAGGGCGAGUUUUGCCGCCGGUACAUGCCGCCGAAUAAGAACCCCGGCGACGGGCCGAAGAUUUGCUACCGGGGUAAACCGGUGGAUUACCCGGAUGAGUUGGGGGAGGAUGUGAUGCCGCCCGUGAAUAACAUGUGUGUGGAGCAGAUUGGGUUGAGUACGAAGAAUGACAAGAGCGAGGAGAAUAGUUACUAUGUGGCUAUGACCCCGCACCCGGACCAAUCGCGGCGCGCGUUUUUCCUGGAGCGCGCGGGCAGGUUGUUUCUUUACAAUCUGCCCGAGCCGGGGUCGUCAGACCAGCUUCCUUCUGAUGGGGGCUCCGCGUUUCUCGACAUCAGUGGCUUGGUGGCACAGGGCGCGGAGCAGGGAGCAGUAGGAAUCGCCUUCCACCCGGACUACACCAGCAACGGCCGUCUCUUCGUGUCCUUCACGUGCGACUCAUCAGUCAACUCGGACUGCAAGGCUGCUGUGUGCGGUUGCUACGAUGCAGUGGACUGCACGGCCGACAAGGUUAAGGCGGCCAAUCCGGACGGGCGGUGGGGCACGGGGGACCUGUGCAGAAACGUGACUGUGGUGGCUGAGUUCUCUGCGUGCAGUGACACCAUUUGCACGCCUGCUAAGAUCUCCCAGAAAUCAAGCAUAGAGGCCACGAUAGUGCGCUACAUAGUGCGGCUGGGGCAGCCUUUCAUCAACAACAACGGCGGCCAGAUUCGAUUCGGCGCGGAUGGCAUGCUCUACGUCAUGCUGGGGGACGGAGGGGGAGAGCUGGACCCCCUGGGCCUGGCACAGAACCCCAAGGCGUUCCAUGGGAAGGUGCUGCGGCUGGACGUUCUCAAUGGGAUCAGCCAGCCAGGCGAGGAUGAGAUCAAGAGCAGGGGGCUUCUGGGGGCGUACGGCAUUCCCCCGGACAACCCGCACGCCCUCGACUGGGACUGGCGCGGGGAGGUAUUCGCUCUGGGCUUCCACGACCCAUGGAAGUGCACCUUCGACCUCCUGAGGCCUUCAGUCAUGAUGUGUGGAGACGUGGGAUGGACCAAGUGGGAGGAGGUCGACGUGGUAACCAGCGGUGGUAACUAUGGGUGGAAGUGGUAUGAGGGUCGGGAGUUCGCCAAUGCUAGCGAGCAGCGGCCCGUGCCGAACCAGAAGCUGCCGUCGUUUCAAUACGUCUGGAGCAACACCAGCAGCGUGGUUGGGGGGUUCUACGCAAGAGGAUUCGAGGACGCGUGCUUAUAUGGAAGGUACCUAUUCAGUGACAGGAACAACCAGUUCUACGUGGCUACAGAGAAUCCUCCUUAUAGCGGCCAUUUCCCCCUCGGUUCGCAACCCCUCAAUCCGGAGGUGGAGGUUCGGGAGGAGCAGGCUCGGGAUCCAUGCCUCCUACCACAGCUGGCAACAGCAGCAGUAGCAGCAGUGGUGGCACCCCCAGCAGCAGCAGCACCCCCAGCAGCAGCAGCAAUAGCAGCAGCAGUAGCAGCAGCAGCAGCAGCAGCAGCAGCAGCAGCAGCAGCAGCAGCAGCAGCACAACCACGAGGAUACCGCGAGGGCAAGAAGAAAGACGAGGCGUUUUUGGAAUUCCAAAUGGCAGAUAUGCAGCAGCCGCUGCAAGGGGAGGGGGACGAAGAUGCUUUUUACGAUGAAGAAGGGAAUUAUAUUGGGCCGGAUGGGGACGAGGAUGAGGUGUACGAUCCGAACGCGGCGCAUGACGACGAUGGUACUGGGACGUACUAUAAUGAGGAUGGGGAUGAGAUGGGGCACCAUGGGGAUGGGGAUACGGUGGUGGAUGAUGGAGCGACGGAGUAUGGUCAGAGGAGUGUGCAUAGUGGGUAUGGUGGAGAGGGGGGAUAUGCUGAGAGUGAGGUAGGGUCUGAGUAUCCAGGGCAGGGGCAUGGGGGGUAUCAGGGAGGUGGGGUGAGGGGGGAUGGGAUAUCUGAUGUUCAAUCGGAGUAUACGGCGCAAGAUGAUUGGACGGAUGGAGGCUCUUACUACGAUCGCCGCUGA